AUGGCAGUCCACCACCAGUAUCCAACCGAAUACCUCAAAACCCGCCAACAGCUCUUCAAAGGCAGCGCACACAGACCGUCUCCGAUCAAAAUUCUCAUAUCCACAAUCAGUGAGCAUGGUAUUCGAGCAAUAUACGCUGGAAGCGGUGCCUUUUGUAUCUCCAACGCCUCAAAAUCUGCCAUCCGCUUCUUCACAUUUGACAGCGUCCGCAAACUUAUUCCUGUUGACGCAUCCGGGAAGACGACAUCACUGGGCAACAUUUUCGCAGGUCUAAUGGCCGGUGUGGCCGAGGCAGUAGCCGUCGUCACACCGGGCGAGACUAUCAAAACCAAAAUGAUUGACGAUCGCGCCGGCCCGAGAUUGUACAGGUCGACGGGCCAUGGUAUCGUUUCCAUCAUCGCCCGGGAGGGGUUGCCCGGUAUAUACCGUGGAGUGAUUCCUGUGACUCUCAAGCAGUCUGCCAAUGCCAUGAUCAGGUUCACGAGCUAUAAUUUGCUUCUGAGUCAGAUGGAGAAGGUGUCGUCGCAAAAGUCGGUUCACACGGUGAUAGCUGGCGCAAUGGCUGGCGUUGUGACGGUCUAUGCGACUAUGCCAUUUGACUCCAUCAAGACUAGGCUGCAGGCAGUUGACGGUCAUCAGAGGUAUAGGGGUUCGUUGGAUUGUUUGAGGUCUGUGAUCUCUCAGGAGAGUGUCUCUGCCUUGUGGCGAGGAACGACACCUCGUCUUGUUCGACUGAGCGUGUCUGGAGCUUUAAGCUUUACGGUUUACGAGUCGGUGAUUGAGUGGACCAGCUCUAGUCAAUAG